AUGCGGGCGCUGCUGCUCCCCGCGCUCCUCCUGCUUCCGGCGCUGGCCGCGGUGCGCGGCGCCGCCACGGCUCUGGGUGAUGCGGAUCAGGUCCGGAUGACCUCGGAGGGCUCCGACUGCCGCUGCAAGUGCAUCCUGCGGCCGCUCAGCAAGGACGCCUGCAGCCGCGUCAGGAACGGCAGUGCGCGCGUGGAGGAUUUCUACACCGUGGAGACAGUGAGCUCGGGGGCUGACUGCAAGUGCUCCUGCACCGCGCCGCCCUCCUCACUCAACCCCUGUGAGAAUGAGUGGAAGAUGGAGAAGCUGAAGAAACAGGCCCCUGAGCUCUUCAAGCUGCAGUCCAUGGUAGACCUGCUUGAGGGAACGCUGUACAGCAUGGACCUGAUGAAGGUGCACUCCUACAUCAACAAGGUGGUGGCACAGAUGAACACCCUGGAGGAGACCAUCAAGACCAACCUGAGCAGGGAGAAUGACUUCAUGAAGGAGAGUGUCCAGCACCUCACUGACCAGAUGAAACGCUACGAGAACUACUCUGACAUCAUGAUCAGCAUCAAGAAGGAGAUCUCCAACCUGGGCUACCAGCUGCUGCAGAAGGAUGCGGCUGCAGUCCCUGAGAGCAAGGCACAGGACACGACGGGCGGCCGAGAGAAGGAGGCAGGACGAUACCCCAGCACCCGCAAGGCACUGGGGGACAGGGCCGGCCCCCGAGCGCCCAAGGAGAAGCCACUGAAGCCCGAAAAGCCCAAAAAGGAGAACAGCAAGGCCAGGGCGGGGUCCCAGCCCACGGCCAAACCCAAGCCCCUGGCACACCAGCAGACUGUGGUCCGAGGCAUCACCUACUACAAGGUCGGGCAGGCGGGAGCGGCCGAGGGUCCGGCCAGCAGCCGUGAGGGACCUGUGAGAGCGGCAGUUGUGUCAGAGCAGCAGGAGGAGAGAGGUCCCCCGCCUCCCUCGGCUGAGGGCAUCCCAGCCCAAGCUGUUGUGCAGACAGAGACCACUGUGCCCAGCACCACGGCUGUGCCCAGCACGGCCCCGGGACCCCGCAGCACUGCCCGCAGCCCCCCCGGCCCUGGCCUGGGGCAGGGGGCUGACAGCACCGGGGACCCCGAAACCCCAAACAGAGUAAAGGAGGCGGAGUGUGAAGGCACCAUUGAAUCAGUGGAGCCCCCCAUGGAGCACCACAGCUACGGGCGCAACGAGGGAGCCUGGAUGAAGGACCCGGCAGCCAAGGAUGACCGCAUCUACGUCACCAACUACUACUAUGGGAACAGCCUGGUGGAGUUCAGGAGCCUCGACAGCUUCAAGCAGGGCCGCUGGAGCAACCUCUAUAAGCUUCCCUACAACUGGAUUGGCACCGGGCACGUGGUGUACAGAGGGGCCUUCUACUACAACCGUGCCUUCACCAAGAACAUCAUCAAGUAUGACCUGAAGGAGCGGUACGUGGCAGGCUGGGCACAGCUCCACGACGUGGUGUAUGAGGACACGACGCCCUGGAAGUGGAGGGGCCACUCGGACAUCGACUUCGCUGUGGAUGAGAGCGGGCUUUGGGUCAUCUACCCCUCGGUGGACUAUGACUACUCACAGCAGGAGGUAAUCGUCCUCAGCCAACUUGACCCCGUGGAUCUCUCGGUGCGCAAGGAAACCACCUGGAAGACGGGGCUGAAGCGCAACACAUACGGGAACUGCUUCAUCAUCUGUGGCAUCCUCUAUGCUGUGGACACCUACAGCCAAAAGGAAGGGCAGAUUUCCUAUGCCUUCGACACGCACACAGACACAGAGGCAGAGCUCCGACUGCCCUUCCUCAACCACUACUCCUUCACCACGCAGGUCGACUACAACCCCAAGGAGAAGGUGCUCUAUGCCUGGGACAACGGCCAUCAGAUGACGUACAGGCUCCGCUUCGUGGUCUGA